GAAUGGAUCAUCAUUCAUCCGGUCCUUUUCUCGCUUGCCACAAUUUUUUUUAAAGAGAGGAAAGAAGAAACAUGAUGAUAUCACCCGCUUUAAACAUCCUCUUUGCUGCCGCCAUGAUCGGUCCUGAGGCCGUGGCAUUCACGUUGGUUCCUGCAGCUUCCCUGAGCCGAGUGACUUUUGCUGGUAGCUCCAAGCGCCAUGCAGGUCGAGAUCAGAAGUGGGAUGUCGGCGUCGAUGUGGCAAACGGAGUACACCCUUCUGUUGCCUUGGUCACUCCCAUGGGCGUCCGGAACAUGACAACGCGAGGGUCGGGUUUCAUCGUCGACGCCGAGGAAUUCCAUCUCGAUAGCCCAAGCCUCUACACUUAUCUCAUUACAGCAGCACACGUGGCGGCUCCUGGCUUUGACAUUGGUUUGGCGUUUCCUGGCGAGUCACAGAAUGCGCCUGCUACAGUUGUAGGACGCAAUCAAACCUUGGACUUGGCUUUGCUCCGAAUUGACAAAAGUGCCAAUGUGCCACCAAGUCUUGCCAUUGCCACAGAUCUGCCACCAACUGGAACUACAGCUUUUGCACACGGAUAUCCUGCCAGUCGACUGCGUGGACCCGCCAUGACAUCUGGCAUAGUUUGUGGCAUCGCUGAUGGCCUAGGGUUGCCCAGCAGCAGCAGUGACGAUAACAACAUGAUGAACGCCGCAUUUUAUCCAACUGGCAUUCUCCAAAACAAUGAUCCCACUACUUUUGUAGUCACAGAUGCAGCCAUGUCAGGCGGCAUGAGUGGUGGCCCUCUGACGGAUGCCAAUGGCAAUGUUUUGGGCGUGAACGCUUUGGUUCGGCCGGACUUGCGAGCACUGGGAAAUUAUGCUGUCAGUGUCGAAGAGGUGAAAAAGUUCUUGGCAGACGUGCAAACUGUGGCUAAGGAUACUGCCACUGCGGAAGAAGAAACGAAUAGCCUGUUUGAAGUAUUCCUAUUCAAUGAUCCCAUGAAUAAGAAGCAACGAGUAGCAACUGUUUUAGAAGGAGUUGCCCAAAUGAACGAGAAGGAUGCCAACAAAGUCAUGAUGGAAGCACACACAACUGGGAAAGGAGUCAUCCGUUCGUUUCACGAUCGUCAGGAGGCUGACCAGUUGUGCAAGGCUCUGAGAAAGGAGGAUCUGCUAGUGGAGGUCCAAUAGUACAUACAAGUAACUUUUAAAAGCAGGACAUGCCCAUAGAAUUUCAUCGUUUUGCAACUUGCUCCGCUACUAGAUCUAAGUACAGUUUGAAAACAGAUCAUUCCAUAGCGCU